UAAAUGCUAUGUAAUGCGAACGGACUGAAAAGUGUCAACGGUGUGUGCAUUCUGCAAUUUUUUUUUUUGGUCGACAGUGCUUAGGAUUCAAAUCGCUUACCUACGGUUGUUUGCCCAUACCAACAUAAACAUGGCGACGUCGAAGACGACGAAUACGUACAACAGACAAAACUGGGAAGAUGCGGACUUUCCAAUUCUCUGCCAGACGUGUCUGGGCGAUAAUCCGUACAUACGUAUGACGAAGGAAAAAUACGGCAAAGAGUGCAAAAUUUGCUCGAGACCCUUCACGGUAUUCCGAUGGUGUCCCGGUGCUAGAAUGCGCUUUAAGAAGACAGAAGUCUGCCAGACGUGUAGCAAACUAAAGAAUGUCUGUCAGACGUGCCUUCUGGACUUGGAGUAUGGUUUGCCCAUACAAGUCCGAGAUGCGGCGCUGAAGCUAAGAGAUGAUUUGCCCAAAAGUGACGUCAACAAAGAGUUUUAUAUCCAAAACAUGGAGAAAGACUUGGCCAGAUCAGAUCCGGGCACUUUGAACUCUAAGUUAAAUGAACCCAACGACCUUCUAAUGAGAUUGGCUCGGACGGCGCCUUAUUACAAACGUAACCGGCCCCACGUGUGUUCAUUUUGGGUCAAAGGAGAAUGUAGACGAGGUGAAGAAUGUCCUUACAGGCAUGAAAAACCAACGGAUCCAGAUGAUCCACUGGCCGAUCAAAAUAUUAAGGAUCGUUAUUACGGAGUUAAUGACCCUGUGGCUGAUAAACUGUUGAAACGUGCGGCCGCUAUGCCUGUUUUGGAGCCCCCAGAUGACAAAACAAUCACUACUUUGUACAUAGGCAACUUAGGAAAUCUUUCUGAGCAAGAUAUAAGGGAUCACUUCUAUCAGUAUGGAGAAAUCCGGUCUGUGAGUCUAGUUGCAAAACAGCAAUGCGCUUUUGUGCAGUUUACUACAAGGGCGGCAGCUGAAAUAGCUGCAGAAAAAACAUUUAACAAACUCAUUUUGGGAGGUCGAAGGUUAACAAUAAAAUGGGGCAGAUCACAAGGGCGUACUGUGAUUACCCACCUAAGCAAUGAGGAAAUUUAUCCCGCAGUUCCCGGUUUACCCGGAGCCCUGCCAGAAAUCAGUAAUAAUUUCUUUAAUUUGGAACCGGGUCAUAUUCCUUUGCCGAGUAUGCCGCCCCCUCAGCCGAUCAUUGUGCCACCAAUGUUCGGGCCACCCCCGCUGCCGCCUUUCUUUUUUAGCACUCCUCAAUUGCCUCCGUUCCCACCUGCUGUCGCUGCUGCCACUACGUCGGUGGCGGGUCAAGGGGAAAGUGCGGUUAAACCUAGCGUUCAUUAUCCGUCGCAGGAUCCGUCUAGAUUAGGGGCCACCCAGGUGACGGCCCCAAAACAAGAUUAAGGAAAUAACCAGUUUAUUUUAUUUUCUUUUAUAAUUUUAUUAUUUAGAAUUUAAUUAAAGGGAAACGAUUUAGUUUACUAUAUUUUUACCUGCCAACAUUUGAUGAUCU